AAAAUUAUAGAUACGCCUUAUAUAUUAGUACGUAGCAUAUUCUUAGCCCACCCUCUCACUCAACCCUUUUUUUCCCCCUACCCCUCCUCUCUCUCUCUCUCUCUCUCUCUCUCUCUCUCUCUCUCUCUGUUUUCAUUCUUCACUUUUAUUUCUCAUCUCUCCUACUUUGCUUGCUUCUCCCCCUUCCUCCAAUUCCAGGUUAGAUUGCUGAGAUGGAAAAUUACAACAGAAGUUGUGAAGAGUACAUGGCUACCCAAGAACAAGAGGGGGAUGCUGGGAAGAAAUAUGGAGGUCUUGUGCCAAAGAAGAAGCCUUUAAUUUCAAAGGAUCAUGAACGGGCCUUCUUUGAUUCAGCAGACUGGGCCUUAUGCAAGCAAGGUGCAGGAGUGAACCAAAAGACAACAAUUGCCGUUGAGACUCUACGGCCUAAGUUACAGAGAACGCCCCAUCAACAACUCCCACCUCGAAGACCUACUUGUACUUCCGGAAGCCUUGCAGAGUAGAGGUUCGUUGACAAGAGGUCCACAAAUAAUGUCAUUGUAAUCGAAUCACCUUUUGGUGUUUCACAGUUACAAGGAUGGUGUACAUUUCAUUGGGGUUAAAUGAUUGGAAUGUUCAUGUUAUUCUAGCGGACACUACACAUCAUGAUAUUCAACAUUUUAAUUCCAUA